AUGAAGUACAGAGGAAAGCGAGAGCGAGGACCGCCGAUUAAACCUAAAACGCAACAAGCUGGGAAAGGACGAGAACAUCGCGGUGAAAUCAUGGAAUCAGGAACAAUUGCUUAUGGCGCACAACAAAGACCUCGAUCAACAUCUUCAAGUGCCCAGGGGAGUACUGAUUUUUCAUCACGAUCUAAGGAGCCAGCUCGACCGAGAUCACACACUGAGCAGAUGUUGUCAGCAAAAACAGAACAUUCCGUCAGAAAACAGUCAGCUCAAGAAGAAAUCAGCUUACCCUCAGUUUCUGAAACGAAAGUUCGACGCACUACGCAUUCAGCUUUUUCGCAAAAUACCAGCUUAUCAAGUAGUGAACCCUUUAUGCAAAGAAAAACAAGCUGGACAAGACCAUCGACACAAAUUCAUCGGAGGAAUGACAUCACUUCUUUAUACGAUUAAAUUCGGUCCAUGUUUUUAUAUCAAGGAGAUUAAACGCUCCAGGAAUCCGUCUGGUAGAUGAACCUAUAUCAGCUCGAAUGUUUUAUGGUAAAGAUUACUAUCAGAGCAGUCAUGAAUGAAACGGAAAAACACAGAUAUCCUUUUAAGAGCGGAAUGCAGGCUGAGAUAUUGGACCCUGUAAAAAAUAUUAAUGAAACAAUGAAGUAACAUAAUUAUCAUCAUUAAGAGAAAUAACUACAUCCCAGAAGAAGAGGAGAAACAUAUUUAAGAGCUGGAAAAAGCGAACUUCUGAUCAAUGUAGGACUUGCACUGCAACUUUAAUCCUAUUAAAAAUUGAUUAAUGAAUGAAAGAGACAAAAUAGUUGAUUAUAAAUGUCGAUUAAAACGAAAGUUUUAGAUCUUCAAUGAGCUUGAAUUAUAAGAGUUAAGGCUACUUGGGCCUGAUCAUUUUACUUGUUAAGUAAUAUACUCCAGUCUUACGAACCAUGGAGAUACAACUCCAUCCACGUUUACUAAGCUAAUUCUGGUGAUUGCAACAGUUAAACUAAACAUUAUUUCGUAAGUUCCGCUUAUCAUGAUAAUUUAUUUGUUUAUAUCUC